GAGCUGCAGCACGAGCAACAAGCGCCCAUGAGAGCGCACACCUUCUGUUUAUGUUAAUGUUAAUUCACUCGAGAGUAAACAACGGCAGUAAAAAAAAAGUAAGGGACGUAGUUGAAGUCCAUACGGUCGGUGGACCGAGUUUUUUUUUCCGGUUAUACGACAAUCUCUUUCCACGCCGCCGGAGGAAAAACCCUGCGCAUUCCUCCACGCAGAGCGCCCGAGAGGGAGACCAGCCUGCGGACUGGACGGGAGCUGGAAUCGGCCUCUUCACAAGGUGGAGCGGUAAAUUCACCCCAUUGAGGCUUGUCGUAGACGUCCUGUCUGAUGUUUGGACUCUCUCCGUGUUCGUUUUCGAUGCCCUAACGACCCAAGGCACGCUAUGGGAUCGUUGCUUUGAUGAAUAAUUUACGGUCCCUCGGUCCGAGGCUCGCGCUGCGACUACCAACCGACCGUUGGCUGCGCCCGACGCCGCCUGAACGGACCCCGAUGGUGGACUAGAGAGAAAAAAACACCGAAACAUAACGACGCAGAGCCCCCCGAUUGGAGUGCAGAAAAUUUAUUAUAAGAUUGAAAUAAUUUGGUACUCGUCUGGGUGCUGUUUUGUAGCUCAGAGCCCCGUAGUCAUGUUGCCGAGUCGGUGGGGGAGGAGAGACGGAGCCCCCAGUACUUCGACGCCCAUCCAGUGUCACUCCAGUUUCGGGUUAAUUUUAUGAGCCUCAGGAAGCACCAUCGGACACUUUGGCUCCACACAAGCGCCAACAUCAUCCAUUGUCAUCUUGUUGGUCUUUAUUUGAAAGAAUGACGCGGAUGUUUCCCCCCAAAACGCCUUACACACCUGAAUUGAUCUUAACAGCCUAAGUAUUUUUCUUUUUGUUUCCUCAAAAACAAUCUUUGAAGAACUGUCUACCUCCUCGAUUUGCAUCAGGUCAGAGUUAUACAUACAUAUAAUACAGAGGAAAAUCUGUAUGUUGAUGAGCACCGUUUUCACUUUUGACCUGACUUUAAUACCUUAUGAAUCUACCUCAAUUAGCACAUUAUUUUCUACACAACACAACGGGCCGAGGUGUCCCCAGAUGAAGACCUCACCCUCAUUGCUGCGCGUGUUGUAAACUGAGCCUGUGUUUCGGUUACGCUGCAGAUGGCUUCAUUUCCAGACUCGGACCUGCAGACGUGCCCGCUCUGCAAGGAGCUGUGCGGCUCCUCUGCUCCCAUCUCCUCCAGCUCGUCUACCUCCUCAUCUUCCUCGCACACCUCGUCCUCCUCCAGCCAGACCACCAGGAGACUCCACGUCCUGCCCUGCCUCCAUGCCUUCUGCAGGCAGUGCCUAGAGGGCCAGCGCAGUCCCGGAGACCCGCUGAAGCUGCGAUGCCCCACCUGCGACCAGAAGGUGUCCAUUUCUGAGGCCGGAGUGGACUCCCUGCCUUCCUCCAACUUCCUCUUCAGCAACCUGCUGGACGUGGUGGUGAGUUCUGAGGAGCAGAUCCAGAAUAAGAACGGCCAUCAUCACCGGGGAGGCUUAGGUGGAGGGUCCUCCGGCUUCCAUCACCCACAUGGAGGUCUGUUGCAUCCGCACCACCUGGGAGAGCCUCAGUGCAGCUCCUGUGAUGAGGAGAACCCAGCUACCUCCCACUGCCUUGACUGCCAGGAAUAUCUGUGUGACAACUGUGUGCGGGCACACCAGCGGGUGCGGCUGACCAAGGACCACUUCAUUGAACGCCUGGGAGAGAACCUCCACCUGGGCCGGGUCAACGCCAACAGCAACUCGGGCCAGCCGGGGGUGUCGGUGUCCCUCGCCCAGUCCCUGCAGAACAACUUCGCCCUGCUGUCCCUGUUCCAGGAUCGCAUGAGCUUCUGCCAACACCAUGACAAUGAGGUGUUUCUGUUCUUCUGUGAAACCUGCUCGGUACCUAUCUGCAGGGAGUGCAGCGUGGGCCGUCAUAUGGGCCACACCUUCGUUUACCUGCAAGACGCCGUGCAGGACUGCAGAGCCAUCACCAUCCAGCUGUUGGCAGAUGCGCAGCAGGGACGACAGGCCGUGCAGCUAAGCAUGGAGAAGGUCCAGGCCAUGGCAGAGCAAGUGGAGAUCAAGGCUAAGGUGGUGCAGACUGAAGUGAAGGCCCUUGUUCUGAGACACAAGAAAGCGCUGGAGGAGAGGGAGUGUGAACUACUGUGGAAGGUGGAGAAGAUCCGCCAGUUGAAGGCCAAGUCUCUGUACCUGCAAGUGGAGAAGCUGCACCAGAGUCUGACCAAGUUGGACAGCACCAUUGCUGCCGUCAGCCAGGUGCUGGAUGAGGGCCGCCACCUGGACGUGCUGCUGGCCAGGGAGCGAAUGCUCACCCAGAUCCAUGAACUGAAGGCCCUCAGAGGCCUGCUUCAGCCGCAAGAGGACGACCGCUUCAUGUUUACUCCUCCAGACCAGGCUCUGUACAUAGCCGUCCAGUCCAUGGGUCUGAUCAGUAGUGGAGCCUUUGCCCCAGUCACCAAAGCCCACGGUGAGGGUCUGAAAAGUGCACUUCGUGGCAAGCCCUCCUCCUUUACUGUGAUUGGAUAUGACCACGAUGGCGAGCCACGUCUUUCCGGCGGGGACGCGGUGUCUGCAAUUGUCAUGUCAGUCGGCGAUGGUAACCUGUCUGCAGCAGAGGUGACAGACCACCAGAAUGGCUCGUACACCGUCAGCUACGUGCCCAAAUGCGAGGGGGAACACCUUGCGUCGGUGCUGGUGUGUAACCAGCACAUCCAGGGCAGCCCCUUCAAGGUGAUCGUGAAGUCAGGGCGGAGCUACGGGGCUUUGGGAUCUCAAGUCUCAUCCUUCGGGUGCGAGGGGGAGGGAGAUGGUCAGCUCUGUCGUCCCUGGGGCAUCAGUGUGGACAAGGAGGGAUACGUGGUGGUGGCUGAUCGCAGCAACAACCGCAUACAGAUAUUCAAGCCUUGUGGUGCCUUCCACCAUAAGUUUGGCUCUCUGGGUUCUCGGCCUGGUCAAUUUGAUCGUCCAGCUGGGGUUGCAUGUGACAGUCAGAGACGAAUCAUUGUGGCUGAUAAGGACAAUCACCGUGUGCAGGUGUUUACUUUUGAGGGCCAGUUCCUGCUGAAGUUUGGGGAAAAGGGUACCAAGAAUGGUCAGUUCAACUAUCCCUGGGAUGUGGCUGUCAACUCUGAGGGUAAGAUCCUGGUCUCAGACACCAGGAACCACCGCGUGCAGCUCUUCGCCCCUGAUGGCUCUUUCCUCAACAAGUACGGCUUUGAAGGGGCCCUGUGGAAACACUUUGACUCUCCCAGAGGAGUGGCCUUCAACCACGAAGACCACCUGGUGGUGACCGACUUCAACAACCACCGGCUCCUGGUCAUCCGACCGGACUGCCAGUCAGCGCGCUUUCUGGGCUCUGAAGGCACCGGGAACGGGCAGUUUCUGCGGCCCCAGGGCGUCGCCGUGGACCAGGAGAACCGCAUCAUCGUGGCUGACUCCCGCAACCACCGAGUUCAAGUGUUUGAGCCCAAUGGAAACUUCUUAUGCAAAUUUGGCACACAGGGGAGUGGCUUUGGACAGAUGGAUCGCCCCUCCGGUGUGGCUGUGACGCCUGACGGAGUCAUUGUGGUCGUUGACUUUGGAAAUAAUCGCAUCCUCAAAUUCUAAAAAAAAAAAAGAAAAGAAAAAAGAAAGACAAAAAAAAGUUUAUUUUAGCAUUCUCUCCCUCCGUUUGACCUUUUUGCAGUUUUUUUCGAUGAAGGAAAUGGAGGAGAGAGAAUGAAUCAACCAACACAACAGGAGGAGAGCUCGGAGAGGAUUGAGAGCACGCUGAAAUGAAGGGAAAUUAAAACUAUAGAUGAUUAUUUUUUUUUGUUUACAUUGAUAUUCUCCAAAUCCAAUAUCUGUGGUAUGUAUGACAAAGGGGACCUCUACAAAUUGAUAAUCAGUAGAAAAAUAGCCAUAUUUCCCUUCCACAGUCUCAAUUGCUCUGAAUUCUCUCUGUACGCUCUCCUUGAGUAUCCAUCUCAGGGAAUUUCUCACUUUUCUUGAAAUCUUAUACCCUCUGCUCCACACCUACCUCAUUUAGCUCUUUAUGAAUGUACUCAUAGUCACUGAGCAGAGGUUUUAGUCCGUGAAGUUUUACAAAGAAGAAAGUCUAACUCUAUAGUUUGUUAUUUAAGAGAGACAAAAAAGAAUAGACUCUUCAGUUGAUAUUUGCACAGGAUUAAAGGAAUUCUUGCUGUGCAUUUUGAAAUAUGAGUUAAAGUGAACCUCCUGAAUGUUGUUGCUGAGACAAUACUCAGACCACUGUAGAGGCUGCAUGAUUUAUUCUCGUUAGAAGGCUUUGCUGGGAUAGGAAACUAGGGUACAGUAGUGUCCUUUUCAUGUUUUAGACUAGUUAGUUUUUGGCUUGUGCAUCGAUCCUUGUCUCUUUGUGGCUCUGAGGAGUUUGUAGUGUCAUGAAAGCCGAAGAAAAAGCGAUGCCAAACUUUAUGGAAUCAAAAUUAGCUCAGGUCACGGUAGGACUGAUUUAAAAUGAUCAGUACUUUUCAGGCUCUCCCUCUAGCUUUACUGGCUAAUGCUGAUUUGAUAAAUGUAUUUAUGAGCAAAAAUAUAAAGGUUAGGGAAUCAAUCAAAAUGAUCCCUGAAAUUAUCCCCAAAAUAAGCCCCGUAAUAAAAUUACCCGAAGUGUUUGAUCAUCCAUACACCCCCGCUCCAACCGUGUCUCAUAAGACUGGAUGUGAACUAGUGUUUGUUGAUAAAAUAAGACAACCUGUGUUGUUGCUGUCCAGUCAGUUGCAUAAACAACAAAGAUGCAAAGAUUUGUAUGCAAGGAGAGCAACGUCUCCUCGAGAGGGGAGGACCCACCAAAGGAUAUUGGAGAAAAGAUCUGGAUCUAUUAGUGAUCUUAACGUAGAGAUUUAAUCAUAUAAAUGAAUGACACCUUUUUGAUGAGGCAUGCUGUGUGACAAAAGCCUCACAUGUAGACACCUAAUUUGGCUGUCCAGAGGACAUUAAUGACAUCAUAUUACAGACCUUUACAACAUUACAAUCCUCUGGAUUUAGAUUGUGGUUGAAAGCCACUCCCCUUGGCUCCUGGGGCCUGUAGUCCAGUCCAAUGAGAGGGUGCCAUUGUAAAGCCCUGCCCUAUUUAUUGAUGCUUGGAGCUGUGGACACAUCUCCAGAUUGAGCGCUAGUAGACCGAUUCCUCUAAAGAUUGAGGUCUAUAGACCACCUACUGGAGUCAACCAAAGUAAGAAUUUCUGCACAAUGGCCAACUGAAGAUUUGGCAAUUAAAGAAACUAAAAACCCCUUUAAAAACAUUUUCUUAAAUAAUCAUUGUUGCUGGGAAGUCUAAAGUUCAGAAAACUCACAGAGUUGAGUUCAUAGCACUGUCCACCUUAGGCUAAGAAGAAUAAAGUGUGCUUAGGUCACAGUUUAUAGUGCAUGAGUACUUUCGCAUCCUGCUCAGACCGAGGCUGUCGCUGUUUAAGGCAGGUUUUGAAAGAAGACCCUUUAUCGUCUGUUUGCAGAGAUGUUCGAGUAGAGAACAGAGGAUACCCGCACCAAAGAGAACCCCUUUCUCCCCAUUGCGUUUUUUCGCAUCAGCCCAUCAAAUGAUGCCCCAGUUUUAUCAAUAUUAGAUGGCCUGUAGGCUCAAAGUAGCAUCUCAGAUUAGCCUUUGUAUCCCGAUCUAAUCUAACUAAUAGAUACUUAUUCUUUGUGGUGAAAGCAUUGUUGGGUUUUGAAUCCCCUUGCCCUUUCUUCAAUCUGUGUCCCACUGGAAGCACUAAGACAAUUAAGGCUGUGUUAGCCACUUCCUUAGCCUAGCAAAGAAUCUUGGGACCCACGAAAAGAGUCACCGACUGGCUCUCACCUCUGAGGAGAGGGUCCGUUUGCACAUGAUCAGGAUUCACAUCCUCAUAUCUCAGAUAUCCUGUACCUCAAUGUUCAUUUUACCUCUUUUCUCGUAUACCUCAACUCCUGAAUACCUCAAGUAUGUCACUCAUAGCUACUGUGCAUUUAAAACAUUCAAAUACCUCAACUUGUUACUCUCAUUCUGAAUACCUCAUUUUUACUCUUUUAUUUAAGCAUACCUUGUCAGAUAUUUAUGCAUUACAAAUAUACCUCAUUCUUUGAAUCUUCUUGUGUUACAGUGCAGUACAUGUCCCAUAGCUCUAGGACCAAAGAUCAUGGUACUGUUUCGAGUUUAAUUAAAAAAUUUGUAUUAUAGUCAUCGCUCCAUCUCGCAGCCCUGAACAGCUUUUGAUUUGUUGAAUCUACUGUAUAUUGCCUGGUAAACUAUGCCUUUUAUCACCAAGAAACCAAAUAUUUCAGAUGAAAGCAUUGUGCCAAAAUGAUCUGUGAGCGUUCUGUGCCAAACAGGGUUGGCAUUUGGACUAGCUGUAGUAGACGAUAAAUGUCACUGGACCAUUAUAUCGUAGAUACAAAAGUUAAACCAGAGCGGCCGGGGAUAAAUCCCCGCUCUCUGACUGGAUGCGCUUAAGAGGGCUGUGCCCCAUUAAUCUUUACCUCAUGAUGAUGAUGAUGAUGAUGAUGAUGAUGAUGAAGAUGAACAUGCAGAUUCCAUUCGUACUUUGUUACUGUGCGCAGAGGGUGAGGGGAAGAGGAAAUGGCCUCUUUUAAAGAGUUAGGAACUUUGAUCGCACAAGAACGACCUCUAAUUUCAGCACAAUUUACCAAUAUUUCAGUGUGGAUUUUAGGAUGCUUGAUGUUGCUUGCGGUCGACCUGGAGACACGUCUAACCUCACCCACUCUUGACUGUGGUUUCAACAAAAAUCCGAGGAUUACACCUUAUGGUGGCAUCAGGCUGGUUUAUUAAUUAAGUGGAGCUAUUAACACAUUGAUGGUGAGCCAGUUUCAGUCCACAGACCCUGCUGCUUUGAACCUAACACCAAGUUUCACCAAUAAGAUAGUUUUUUUGUUUUCUUUUUUGCUUUUCAGUAUUACUCUGUGAAAUGUUCAUUCAUGUUGCAUCCGUUUUUUUAAUUAAGAUUGCAGAAUUCUAUCUUUAAGAUCCUUAGGUCUUCACUCUUAAAGAGGAAAAAUGUAUUUUAAACCUUUAUUUUGCUUUUCAUCUUGUUGCAUGCUUUAAAAAGUCCUUGUACUAUACCGACGUCUCUCAGAUAGGUGUUGAAAAACUCAGAUGGGGUGGGUAGCUGACUAUUGGGAUAAUUUUACCAAAAUAUUUACCCAAAGACGUGUAUGUGUGUGUUAAUAAUGUGUCGGAUGGAAUUAACCUUUGACCUUGGCGAUUGUAUUUCCUGUUCUCUAGAGGCUCUUCAGAGCACAACCUGUUCAGCCGGCCAUGCCUCGAUUCCUGAGAAAUAGUAGAGGCAGAGUUUUGAGAUCCAUGCAGAAUGCUGGUCCGCCCCUCGACCGUUAGUGCUUAAUUUUCUUUAACUCCCUCUUAUAUGCAUAACAAGGGUAGAUAUAUUAACAUGUUGUCCUUUCACACUCGAGCCCUGUAACUUAUGGAAGCUGUAAAAGCUACCUGCUGAGCCAUAGGUUUACCUUUCCAACAAUGAUGAAUCCACAAGGCGGCCAUUUUGUGUUUUGGCAUUGUAAUGGGAACUCUCACUGUCAUGUGAGAAGCAGCUAGGUUUCUCCAGCAACCAACUAGCAAUCCGCUCCCCUCUUUAUAAGAACCCAGGAAGUGUGGUGAUGGCUGCUGAGCAUGUGAUCAGUUGACUGCACUCCUGCUCCGUAGGUUUUUUGGGGUUUUUUUUUUUUUUUUAUUGGGCCCCUGUGGUUUUUCUCCACCAUUUUAUUUCUGGCCUCUCACAGCUUUAAGAGAGAGAAAAGGCAAAGCUGCAACAGGUGACAUGUGCAAGGUCAUAGACCUCCUUUUAAUGAUUGUAUACUCAAAAGGAAGAAAGAAAAAAAGGUUUGAAAAUUUAGAAAGGAAAAAAAUAAAACUCAGGUAGUUCUCAGCAGCCCUGCCCUGCAGGUGUCUCAUUGAAACAUUUUCCCGUAGUGAUGAUGUAAUGACUUUUUUCCCCUUGUUAUGACCUUUCAGUACUAGUCUGAUUCUUUUGUGUCCAUUUACAUAUUAUAAAAACAAAUUAUUUCUCAAUCUGAAAAAAAAUUAUUUUGAUUAGUUUCCCGAUUAAUCUUUUUUUUAUUUUUUUUUUUGCCAAUUUUAGUUUUUUCUUUUACGAUAAAAGUACAAAUACUUCACACUACUUGAUGCUCGUUGUCCCUUUUAGAAUGUAUUUUGUAAAGAAAAGGGUAAAAUGGGAUCUUGUUGAUGCUCGCUCACUACAACCGGCUGCUGAAAGCUUUACAAGACACAACAGAAAACACCUAAUUUCAAAGAGUCCUUGCUAGAUGUUCCACACCAGCAAUAUUUAAGGUGGAAUCAUGUGGUUAUGGUGGAGCAUGCAGCACCGUGUUCAUUUUAUAAACCAGCUUUAACAUCAGCUGAGAUGGGAGAUGUUUGGCCUGGGGACAUUCAACAGCCAGUUCAUCUUGUCCACACUCUUUUUUUUUUUUUUUUUUCCCCUGUUGUGUCCUGUUCUCCCAGCAGUAGGAUGUGUGUGGAGUGGGCGCGUUGUGUUUGUGCGCUGCAUCUGUGUUGUUUGAGCAGAAAUCCACUGAAUGUAUCCUCCUCGCAGUCCAAGAGGCAGGGUGAGCCAGCUUGGCCAGCUGAGUUUAGAUGGGUGCUGCUGGUGCUUCCUCAUCCAUACCUGUGUGUGUGUGUGUGUGUGUGUGUGUGUGUGUGUGUGUGUGUGUGUGUGUGUGUGUGUGUGUGUGUGUGUGUGUGUGUGUGUGUGUGUGUGUGUGUGUGUGUGUGUGUGUGUGUGUGUGUGUGUGUGUGUGUGAGUCAGUCAGUCAGUCAGUCAGUCAGUCAAAACCCUGUGUGUGUGUGCUCAUGUGUGCACACACACUCACACACUGUGCUGAGUGGAAGUGCAUGUGUCAGGUCUUCAGUCUAAAUAAGGCAAAGGAGACUAUAAUAUAUUGGCCAGCUGCUGCUCUCUCUGUACUCUUCGGACUUUAAACAUUUCCUAUGCAGUUUUUUUUUUUGUUGUUUUUUUGUUUUUGUUUACACUUAAAUAAAGUUGUAUUUCUUUGACUUCAA